AUGGCAAAUACAAGAGCAAAGAAAAUUACAAAACACUCAAAGAAAUUCGAAAGAACACAAACAGGAUGUCUUCAAUGCAGACAGAAAAAGUGGGUAUUAAUUCAAAACUUGAGAAUCAUCAAGACACUAACUAAUAUCUUUGAAAGGAAGAAGUGUGAUGGUAAAAGACCAAGUUGUGAAAGUUGUAUCAAGAGAGGCAUUAGCUGUUAUUUCCCUGCAAACAUAAGAAUUUUCCAGUAUCAAAAGAAGCAGAAUAAAGAAUUUGUCUCAGAACCAACUCCAAAGAGCCUUGCAAAAAGUGAUGCUGAUUCCAAGAUCGAGCCAAUAAAUUUCAAACAAGUUAAAUUGGAACAUCCAACCUGUAAUACUGAACAAGACAAAAGACGUCCAAGUGUUGAUGAUGAACUGAAGGAGAACUUACUGUCACUUUCGGACAAAAUUGAACAAAUACUAGAAGUAAAAGAAGAACCAGACAUUGAAUCAAUUCAACUACAAUCAAGAUCGGACUCAAUAGCUUCAUUGAUUUCAGAUUCAGAUAAUGAUUCUAUAAUUUCAAUGAAUCAACCUAGAACCCCACCAUCAACAUCAACUUAUGAAAUAAGUGAGUCACAAAGAGCUACUAAUUUAAUCCAUGAAGGUGGUUCGAUUAAUAAAAUCUUGAAUCAAAUGACUAUUGAUUUGAUCAAAAAAUCGAUAAACAACUUGCAAUAUAUUGAUUUCGAGAAAAAAAGAGAUCUCAGCAUACUUCAAGCUCAAGACAUACUAGAAGAAGAACAAUACAAUAAAUCACUAGGAUACAUUGAUGAAGUUAUGCCUGAUGAAUUGAUAUUUCAUCCAGAUGAGUAUUUGAGUUUUGAUUAG